GUGGGCUUCGAAGGCAUUGCUGGCUACUCGCAGCGAGGCCUCCACGCUGGGAGGGCAGCAAAGAAAGGAGCGGAGCGGGGCCAGGCGACCUCAGUAACGCGAACUUGCAAUCUGCGCGGGGGGGCAGCAUAUUGUUACCCAUAAGUCAGCGAGAUGGCAGGGAGAUGCUGGGGAUUAUUCCUGCUGCCCGCGGCGGCAGCGCAACUCACGGCCACGGACUUCGUGCCCUACUACAACUACGAGGGCGACCUCGCGGUCGCGGGCACGGUGACGGUGACGACCGAUGGCACCAGCCAGACGCUGGCGUAUUCGCUGACCGGCACGGAGACUGCUUGCGCGGGCGGUGCGAAUUCUUCAUUGGCCAAUUCGUGCGGCGUCCACAUCCACUCGGGCACGGCGUGCGACGGCGACGCGGGUGGCCACUUCUACGACGAUGAGUUGGUUGCAAGCGACCCGUGGGGGUCGAUCACCUACGCUGGUCAGUUUGGCUCAACAGUGAGUGGGACCACAGCGAGCGUCGAGACCGGAUAUGAUGAUGCCGAGGGCCGCACGCUCAUUAUCCACGGCUACGACGGCGGCCGCAUCGCGUGCGCGCUGCUGACCGCGCCGACGCCGGCGCCGUCCUCGCCGACGCCGGCUCCCUACGCGCUGGAUUGGAAAUUUUAUAUGGACCCACAAGAGCUGUCUGUGGCGGCCGGUACCACAGUGACAUUCAGUUGGAGCGGCACGCACAACGUCUGGGAGGUUCCCGACGCGGCGGCCUUGGCAAAUUGCGACUUGAGCGGUGGCAGCGAGGUUGCGCCGUCGUCGGUACAAACCUUUGACGUGGCGGCGCCAGACGCGCCGAAGACCAAGUACUACGUGUGCCAAGAGCCUGGUCACUGCGAUGCGGACCAGAAGAUCGCCAUCACCUGGGCGGCGCCGGUAGUAGCGCCCACCGCGGCGCCGACGCCGCGCCCCUCCGUGGCAGCAACGCUUGCGCCGACGAACUCCUCCGAUGAGCCGACGCAGAAUAUCGUUGAGCUUGCCCAGGCCACCGAUUUUCUGUCAACCCUGGUACAAGCCGUGGUCGCGGCCGACCUCGUUGAGACCUUGUCCGGCGACGGCCCCUUCACUGUUUUCGCGCCAACAAAUGACGCAUUUGCGGCCCUGCCCAAUGGCACGCUCGCGUCUCUGCUGCUGCCCGAGAACCAGCCACAAUUAAUCGCCAUUCUCACUUACCACGUCGUUCCGGGCAAGAUCAUGAGCACGGAACUCUCGGACGGCCAGGAGGCCGCGACGGUUCAGGGAGACGUCGUAACGAUCACGAUUGCGGACGGGACGGUCAAAGUGAACGAUGCUACCGUGUCUAUACCUGAUAUCGAAGCAACGAACGGCGUCGUACACGUGAUCGACACCGUGUUGAUUCCGCCCGCAACGCCGGCGCCGACGCCGGCGCCAAUUUCCGGCGAGUUCUCGUCUCCGGUGCCGACGGCCGCACCGGCUCCGGCGCCGACGGCGGAGUCCGUCGUGAUUAACUCUCAGCUUGUCCUCGACCAAGUUACCGUGGACAAUGAGACGCUCGAGAGCAUUGUCAAGACUGCGCUCGUCGCGACGCUCUCGUACGUCACGAGCACCGACCAAAUUGUGGCGUUUAGCGUCGUAUCGUCGCGACGACGACGCCUGCAGCAGACGACCACGGUGGCGUUUUCCGUCCGCGUCGAGGGCACCGCGGAGUUCGCCGCGAGCUACACCGAGACGAUCGUCAGCGAGCUGUCGGCCGCCGCCCAGGACGGAACGCUGAACACGGCGCUCGCCACUGCGGGCGACGCCGAGGGCGCCGUGGGGCCCACGGCGCCGGCAGACGCGAACGACUACGACGCUAUAAACGACGCGACUGCGGUCGACGGCGCGCCGGCCCCGACGGCGCGGCCGACGCCGCAACCGGUCGCCCCGACACCCGCGCCGUCGCGGCGGCCAACGCCGCAGCCGGUCCGACAGCCGACCCGGCGGCCGACGCCGCGACCGACCGCCGGCUCCGCCGGCAUGGAGGAGGAGGACGGGUCCGAGGACCAGGGCGAGGACCAGGGCGAGGACGAAAGCGAGGACAAGGGCGCGGACUCCGCCGGCGGCGGCCUCGCCGUCCUGGGCAUCGCCCUCGCGGCCUUCCUCGGCCUGCUCUGCGUCGGCGGUUAUGUCAGGAUGAAGAUGUUCGGGAGCCAGGACCGCAGCGACCGCGACUGGGCGCGCGACCUGCACGGCUCGGGCGUCAGCAACCCCGCGGCGGCGCGCGACCCCUGGGGCCGGCCGACGCCGAGCGAGACGCGCGGCGUCGAGAUGGCGUCGACGCACGGCCUCCGGUCCUACCACUAGGUGUCCAUAACAGAGUACAUUACACAGA